UUCAGUAUUCGGGUAGCUCCAUUUAGUGCCGAAGAGGAAGUUGAGGCGAAAGAGAUAGAAAGAGAGAUGGAGGGUCUUAGCGUUGUAAGAGCAAGUCCUUGUGUUUCUUCUUCUGCAAUAUCAUCUUCACUUUCUUCCAAAACCAGCCGCUUAUCCUGCGCACCCUCUUGCAAGCUUAUCCUUAACCCCAUCAAAAACCACCACCAUUUGGCUGCAUUUCAACCUGCAUUUCAUCUUUUUGCAAGUAACCAAUCUCGUUCCCAUGCCUCCAAAAGGAACCAUACAGCUCGUAUAUUCCUUCCCCACUUGGUUGCUUCCAUGGAAGAAGUGGAGGAGACAUACAUUAUGAUUAAGCCUGAUGGUGUUCAAAGAGGACUUGUUGGGGAGAUUAUUUCAAGAUUUGAGAAAAAGGGGUUUAAGCUAACUGGAUUGAAGCUUUUUGAAUGCCCCAAAGAAUUGGCAGAGGAGCAUUACAAGGACCUACAGUCCAAACCAUUCUUCCCCAAGCUGAUUGACUACAUUACCUCUGGCCCUGUUGUCUGUAUGGCCUGGGAGGGUAUUGGUGUUGUAGCAUCUGCCCGUAAGCUAAUAGGAGCAACUAAUCCUCUUAAUGCGGAGCCCGGCACAAUCAGAGGAGACCUUGCUGUUCAAACUGGAAGAAAUGUGGUGCAUGGAAGUGAUAGCCCUGACAAUGGCAAGCGUGAAAUAGCACUUUGGUUUAGAGAAGGUGAACUGUGCACAUGGAUGCCAGUUCAAGAACCUUGGUUGAUUGAAUAAUGUCGCUAGGAGAUAUGAUUCAUCAAUAGAAUUGAAGGUUUCAGUUUCACUAAUCUGAAAGAGAUGGAUGAAUUCAGUUUUGUAUGAAUAUUACUCUGCCAUUGUAAUAAACUUUCUAUUUAAAGAGAGAAGUGUGUUUGUAAUGCUACAAGAAAAGCAAUUUUAACGGUUCAUUAGAAGAGCUUUAUUAGCUUCU